UGGUAGUUUGUAACAAUUUAGAAGAAAACGAAUUUAUAUUAGAAAGAGAAAAAGAAAGAAAAGAGAUGAUAAUGAAGAGAAAAAGAAAGAGUUGCUUGACAACCUUCGAGAAUUUAAUGUGCAACAUUUUCCUCCAAUUCUCUCAUUACCUUAUGUGCGUUUCUUUGUUCAAUUGUUUUUAUUUUUGUAGAACAAAAAAACACCAUUGAUUAUAUUAUGUGUUCUCAUCUUCUAAUCAACAAUCAACAAUCAACCAUCUAAUUGUUUACCACAAUUAACCUGUUCUAAUGUUCACCUGUAAUUAGUAAACAAUCAAUGGAAUCAAAGUGAAAACCUUGUCAAUCCUUUUUACCUUUUGUCUUUUCCUAUGUUUCCAUCAUCAUAUUGUCAACACAUUUUACACAAUUCUAAUUAAUUGUUUCCAUUAAUUAGACGAUUUCUGUGCCUUAAUCAAACAAUCAACGAUCACAAUCUCGUCUCAUUGUUGCUUCUUGUUAAUCUCUUGGCCUCUUGAAGAUUUUCCUGUUGUUGUUUUGGUGCAAUUGUUUAUUUUUUGGAACCUUGAUUAUAAUCAAUUCAAAUUUAGUGCUUCUAAUUGUUGUAAUUGAUGAUUGUAAUUAUUGAUUAGCUGUUUCAAUUGUCUCUUUCUUUAAUUAACUCAGGUCACAUAUCAGAUUUUAAUUACUUUUCGAAAGUGCUAACCCAAAAACCGAUUAACCAUGAUACCGAUUCCUUUUUCCAUGACUCGGAUCUCCCUUCGUGAACUAAUUCGUCGAUCGAUCUUGGCCAUGGUUUCGCUUUUCUAUGGUUACAUUGUUCUAAUUUUCACAUUUUUUUCGAUGAUUCGGCAUCGCCGACAAUAUUUUCAAAUUCGCCGACGGGACAGUCAACCCAAUUGUCUUCGAAAUCCAAUCUAUGGUUCACAUUCCAAAGUGAAAGUCGAUGAUGUUUAUCUUCAUUAUGUGGCCAAAGGCGAUCCCAAAAAUGACCUGUUACUCUUCAUUCAUGGAUUUCCCGAUUUCUGGUUCACUUGGAGAAACCAAUUACCUCAUUUUGACAACUUUUUCACCGUCGCUUUGGACCUGAGAGGUUUCAAUGAAUCCGAUCGGUUACCCUAUUUGAAGAGUUAUGAAUUUGAUUCAAUUCUGGAAGAUAUCAAAGGAUUGAUUCAAGUUCUAGGAAAAGAAAAGGCGAUUCUGAUUGGUCACGAUAUCGGCGGUUGUAUUGUUACCCUUUUCACAGAGAAAAAUCCAACCAUGGUGGAUAAAUUAAUUCUAAUCAAUUCGACACCAUUAAAGUUCUACACGGAAAUUUUAACCUCCGAUUGGAAGCAAUUCUUUUACUCUUGGCAAAUCUUCUUCUUCCAACUUCAUCUUCUGCCCGAAUUUGUUAUCCUCAGUAAAGAUUUCGCCUUCCUCGAGAAUACCUUCCGUUCACCCAUCGGCGUUCCCCUGCUCAACGAUCAAGAAAUGGAAGCAUAUAAAUACACCUUCGCCCGACCAGGGGCCGUCACAUGUGCCCUCAACUAUUUUCGAGCCAAUAUCGAUUGUCUAAAAUGUACCGAUCCCUCCAUACGAAUAAUUAAUCCAACGUUGAUCAUUUGGGGCGAAAAAGAUUCCACUUUGUGUCCUAAAUUGGGUUCGAAGACGAUCCUUCAGAGAUACUUUUCCUCUGUCGAAGUUGAAAAUAUCCCUCGAAUUGGACAUUACGCUCAUAUCGAAUCUCCUCAACUUGUUAACGAUCUGAUCAGCAAAUUUAUCUCUCCCAAUGAUUAAUCCAUCGAGUCCAUUAGAUUAUCCUAAUUGUUGACCGUUCGUCUUUCUCAGCUUCGUCAUUUCAAUCAAAUUACCUGUCGACUUAAUUUGAUAAAUUUACCUUUUUAAUCUUGAUUUUUUUUUCUACUUUGUUAAUUGUUGCAACAUUUUUUUUAUCUGGAAAGUUGUAAAAAGUGAUUUUGUUUAUCCUCGAUUUCAUUAAUCCACUUGAAUUAAUUUUAAUCUCAAAUUCAAAUUGUAUUAAAUUUUCAAUCUAUUUUUCACUUUGA